AAGUGACUUAAUUUAUCCUGAUUCCAUAAUCAAUACAGAUACAGAAAAGAAGCAAUGUCCACUUUUGAACCCAACUCCACUCUGUAAUCUGGCGGAACUGACGAAUGGAACUUGCUUCACUGGAGAUGUAACAUGUCCGCCAGGCUCAAUGUGCUGCCUUGACAACACCUGUGAACACAAAUGUACACUGCCAGCUCUUCCCGAUGGAACAAGACCAGGCCUAUGUCCUGUACUGAACCCUACUCCGAAAUGUUCUGGCAAAAUAACUGGGUGCGAUGCUGAUGAAAGAUGCUCUCUUGGCAGCAGAUGCUGUCUGCAGAGCGAUUGCACUCGAAAAUGUGUCAAAGCAGAGAUGAUUCCUCCUCCGCGAAGGCAAAGUGCUGAUUUUGGUUUAACAUGUCAACCACCAUGUCAUCGCUUUGGAAACUGCGUGAGGAACCCUAAGACUGGUAAAAAUAAAUGCUCUUGCUUCAGGAUAUGUACAAGAGAAUUCGCCCCUGUGUGCGGCACUGAUGGGAAAACAUACAGCACUGAAUGUAUGAUGAGGUUACUGGUCUGUGAGAAAGGAAGCAAUGUAACGCUUAAGCAUCGAGGAGAGUGCUCUUCGAAAAAGAAAGCAGACGGUUUAACAUGUGAUCCACCGUGCCAUCGUUAUGGAAAGUGUGUUAAGAAUCAGAAGACUGGUGUAAAUGAAUGCUCGUGCAACAGGAUUUGUACAAGAGAAUAUGCUCCUGUGUGCGGCACUGAUGGCAAAACAUACGGGACUGAGUGCAUGAUGAAGCUGCUGGUGUGUGACGAAGGCAGUGACGUAACCCUUAAGCAUCCAGGAGAGUGCAUCUCUAAAGACGGUUUAACAUGUGAUCCACCGUGCCAUCGUUAUGGAAAGUGUGUUAAGAAUCAGAAGACUGGUGUAAAUGAAUGCUCGUGCAACAGGAUUUGUACAAGAGAAUAUGCUCCUGUGUGCGGCACUGAUGGCAAAACAUACGGGACUGAGUGCAUGAUGAAGCUGCUGGUGUGUGACGAAGGCAGUGACGUAACCCUUAAGCAUCCAGGAGAGUGCAUCUCUAAAGGUACGUUUUUCUUUCUUAAGUGUAGCCAGUUAACGCAACAAGAGUUAACAGUUCUUAGUGUUUUCGAUUCUCUUUCUUGUGAUACGGAUCAUCGUGGUAAGAUAAGAGGAAAUAAACACCUUUCCAUCGGCCCUGGUGUUUCCCCACUCACGGGACGCCUGUCAUUCCACAACCCAAAUGUCAUGCUACUCUACAGGCAUCCAUGAUUAUUCUGAUUGUUGCUGGGCUUUUAGAGUUUUACAUCUAAGCAGGUAUUAGAUGGAUCUCUGUAGGUAUUUGAUCAGUACUGAAAUUAUCUGGUUGAAUUCCAAAUAUG